CCAAGGCAGAAGUGGAAAGACAGACGGAUUCAGCCAGCAUCAGAAUCAAACAUCAUACGAUGUUGACCCUUCACAAGAUGUCCAAGCUCGCGACAGUGAACCGGAAACAGAGCUAAGAUUAGCAUUGCAUAUCAAAGUAAACAAGUGAUAGUCUGUCUGACCUGCUGAUUCGCUGCCUUCAUCUUAAAUAAACCUUAUAAUAUGCCGUUUUAUUUUUUUAUAGAAUAGUCAAAUGUAAACACAUCUAGACAAUACGGAUAUGUACUUCAGUUUCGAGGUAAGAAUUUAGUGAAUGGCUGCUCUAUCAUAAAGGCACCGAUAUCUCGCAUCGUACAGCUGAUACGAGAAUAUAUCUCACAAUAAAACAUGAAUGUUUCCCUGUUGCCCCCUACAAAAAUCUCAAUUUGUUGCAUCAGUGAUCCAACAGCAUACGCAUUUUCUACUUCAUCUUCAUACACUGGAUAACAAAUAGAUUAAUUGAAACAACUGAAAACAUAGCAGACCUAAAAAAAAAGUCUGAAGGCAUCUGAAAACCGGAUUUCAGGAAAACAUAUUUUAAAAAGUGUUAGUCAUGACUGCUAAGGGUAAGGCUGUGGAACAUAAACUUGCCAGCAGAGAUGGAGUUUAUUCGAAGCAGGAUGAUGUUGAUUUCAAAAACCCUUCAGCCAAACGAAACAUUACCUGCAAGGCUCUGUGGGAAGACCCAACGUAUUUCCGAUGGAUCAGUACCUUCAUCUGGGCUUCGGUCAGCAUUUUCAACUUUGGUAUUAUUGGAGACUUCAGCAUGUUCUUCAUCUAUAUCGAAGAGGAUCUUAGAGCAUCCGUGAUGGAAUUAAACUGGCUAGGUAGUCUUCCAUGGAUUCUCUUCAGUGUGUGUUCACCACUCACCACACCCAUCGUCAAAGUCCUCGGAUAUCGCUACACUCUUGUCGGGUCUAACCUUGUCUGCGCCAUUGGGCUCUUUGCCACCAGCUUCCCGCACCAGAUAUGGCCGAUGUAUCUCACGUACAGUCUGGUGUUCGGCGGAAGCACGAUUAUUUAUUAUACUGCCGGAUGUAUCUAUGUCACAGGUUACUUUGACCAGAAGUCCUGUACCGGUCCGGUGUCUUCCAUGGGAUUCUUUUAUGAGAUAGCUGUUCUGGUAUUUAGUCCCAUCAUCCAGGUGACUGCCGAUGCAUGGGGGUGGCGCUGGUCGGUUCGCCUCCUCUCUUCAUGCACACUUGUCUGUUCUGGGCUUCUUGUUAUAUUCAUCAGGCAACCUCCGUUAGAUCUCUCGGGACGGGUUAUCAAUCCAGUCACCAAUGAUGAAGAUCAAGGAAAAGAGGCAAUCGAUGUCCAUGAACCAUGCUUAGCGACCACGAAAGACACCGAGGCCAAUGAUGCGGUGACGACGUCGCGAGAGAGAUACAUCAAGAUGAUAUCGAUGCCAUCUUUCUGGGUCUUCGAGUUGAGCAUAAUGUUAUCGUUUACAGCGUUGUCGUUCAGUAACAUUAAUCUCGGCAGCUACCUCUACUCCGUCGGAAUCUCUACUGGAGUUACUGCGAUUUUACACUCGUCUUUGGCAGGAGGAGGGGUACUCGGGCGGUCCCUCGUCAUGUUUCUCUCCCACAAACUACCCGUCCCCAUUUCAAGCAUCUAUCCAAUCAUCGCCAUCUUGAAUUGUUUCCUCUCCAUCCUCAUAUUAAUAACAUCCAGUUUACCGGUACUCUACAUCUAUUCCACAGCCGUGGGCUUUCUGCGUGCUCUGUAUUUCUCCCUGGCGACUGGACUUGCGGUGGAACUCUUUGGUAUCACGAAUGCGGCUCAGGGGUAUGUGGGACUGUUCUUUGCUUACGGCAUAGCCGGAGUACUUGCUGCCGUGUUACCAGGUAUAACACAUGGUCUUACUGGAUCUUAUACAGUCACGGUGAUUACUUGUGCAGUAUUCUGGGGUAUUUCCUUCCUUCUCUUUGCCGUUGUCUACCUCCUGUACCGCCGCCGACAAAAGAGGGGGUUAGAAGCUGUGAGAAUAUCAGCGAAAUCACAAUUACGUGUACACAGUGAUGAAAACUAUGCAACGAAGAGCCUAUAAAAGGGAACGUUGGAAACAAGAUAUACUUGGAGGCUAGGCAUGGCAAUGGGGAAAUGCAAGAUUUUAAAAAGAUUUAAAAACAUUAUUAAAAAAAUAAAGAUAUAGAUGUCGACAUGAAGGAGCUGAAGAAAUCAAGUUUAAUGGAUGGUGUUUAUUUCGAGUACAGCACCGGAGAGAUUACUAAGGUCCGCAAUGUUAUCAAGUUGGUUAUUAUUUAUAGCAGAUGUAUGAAAGAAACAUCUCAAAGAUGGUUUGUUGAAAAUCCAACAAAG